AUGGCAACGUACACAAACUCCGAUGGCUAUUCCUUUGUUCGAACUUUUUUAGCAAUAUCAGUAAAGCAAGCGCUACCAAAAUACGUCGAGACAGUUGAUGUUCGAAAAAGAAUGCCAGAGUAUCAUUAUUAUCGAACCCUGUGGUGGGAAAAAGGCGACUUCAAUCCAAAAGCAAAAUGGGAAGAAACGACACUUCCUUACACACAUGCUGUUGGUGGGAAUGUGAAUGGCGUUCGAAUGAGUUUAAUGUUCGUGGCUCUUCUUAAUCGGUGUUGGAGUCUUGUUGACUUUACUGAUGCCAGUAUCUUAGGUCUUGGUGCAAUUCGUAAAUAUCAAUUCAAGGAAGUGGAUGUAUGUUUUCGUCCUGAAAAACUACGAGUGCGACUAACGAAUGGGAGUGAUGGACAGGAUGAGACUUGGUCGAAUCUCGUUGUCGAAGUAGCCUAUUCUGAGAAAGAAGAACAUGUCUUGAACAAGGCUAAAGAUUAUUGGUUAGGCAAUCUUAGUCGCGUCCAUGACGCGAUCGUUAUUAAGAUUGAUGAAGUUCCUCUAGGUCAAGCUCCUUUACGGAUGCAAACCCAGAAGAACAGCAGAUAUCCAGCCCCGGACUUAUGUAAUGUCAUAAACAAAGAAUAA